GUUGGGUUCGAUCCUUUUUGUGUGUGGAGGGCGUGGUGGGGCUCCGCUAUGAGCAGAAUGCAAGGUUUCGGGCCAUGGGUGCUGGGUCUGCUCUCCUUGCCAGGUCUGCUCCUAGGGGCGCCGUCAGCCUCCAGCUGCCCAGGCACCUGUGGUACCAGCCCGCCAGAAGACCUCUCCCCCGAGGAGACCCAGGACAUCCCUGCAAUUAACCAAGGGCUUAUCCCGGAGGAAACCCCAGAGAGCAGCUUCCUCCUGGAGGGCGACAUCAUCCGGCCAAGUCCCUUCCGACUGCUGUCGGCCACCAGCAGCAAGUGGCCCAAGAGUGCUGGGGGCGUUGUGGAGGUCCCCUUCCUGCUCUCCAGCAAGUACGAUGAGCCCAGCCGUGAGACCAUCCUGCAGGCAUUCGCUGACUUCGAACGUUUCACCUGCAUCCGGUUCGUGGCCUACCAGGGCCAGAGAGACUUCAUCUCCAUCAUCCCCAUGUCCGGGUGCUUCUCUGGAGUGGGGCGCAGUGGAGGGAUGCAGGUGGUAUCCCUGGGGCCUGCCUGUCUCCAGAAGGGCCGGGGCAUUGUCCUGCAUGAACUCAUGCAUGUGCUGGGCUUCUGGCAUGAACACGCACGGGCCGACCGGGACCGCUACAUCCGUGUCAACUGGAAUGAGAUCCUCCCAGGCUUUGAGAUCAACUUCAUCAAGUCUCGGAGCAGCAACAUGUUGUCACCCUAUGACUACUCAUCGGUGAUGCACUAUGGGAGGCUUGCCUUCAGCCGGCGUGGGCUGCCCACAAUCAUACCGCUCUGGGCUCCGAGUGUCCACAUUGGCCAGAGAUGGAACCUGAGUGCCUCGGAUAUCACACGGAUCCUCCGGCUCUACGACUGCAGUCCAAGUGGCCCUGGCUCCCGAGGGAGAGGGCUCCAGGUCCCCAGCAGGGGCAGGAGCCCCACUCCAGCCCCCAGACCAUACCUGCAGCGGCUUCUACAAGGACUGUCGGAGGAGUCCAGGAGUCCCGGCCCCAAUGGCUCCAGCCAUGUUCCUGCAGGGCCUGGAGAGAGCCCACGUGGGUGGGAGCCCUCGGCCAAGCCACCUCAGGUCCUUGCUGUCUCCCCGAGGUCAAGGCCUGGAGCAGGUGUGCCUGCUGGUGUCCUGGAGCAGUCCCGGCUGGCCCAGCUGUCCUCCGCAUCCCCAGCUCCAUCUGCAGAAAUGGGAGACCAGCCGGCACCCGUCCAGGCCGCUUCAGGGAGCCCAGCUCUGCAAGGAGGCUGUGUCCCUGGAAGUUAUCUUAGGGAGAUGCCCAGAGAGUGACAGAGUGACUUCUGGCCAGAGGAGCUGAGUUGCCCACCCACUGGCCCCUUUGGACAGGGCCCCUCUCUUCCAACCCCAACCUGGCCACACUCCAAGGCCCAGGUCUCUUCCUCUCCCUUCCCCGUCAUGUUCCCCUGAGGGCUCCUAGGGACAGAGGCCCUCCAGGUCUGUCAUGCCUGAUUCUGCCUGCUCUUGACUUGCCUCAGCUCUGAAGGAUGCUGGAAAGGGGAGGUGACAUUCUCCAGGGACAGAGCCCAGCCCUGACGGCCCUUCAAAGUCUUCCUGUGGCUGAGACCUCCCCUCAGUAUGGACCAAUGGUGCUGCCUCUCCCUCAGGGCAGGCCUCGGGGGAGUCCUGUCCUGGGACCCUGGGAACAACCUCCUGUCCCUGGUGUCCUGACGACUGCUCUGCAGCUGUGGCCUCCAGUCCUGCUCUCAGGCUUUGAGAGCCCUGCUUGUUCCCCUGCAGGGCAGGAAGGCUCAGGGCCGGAGGUGACACCAGUCAGCACGGGGUGGGGGUGCCUCCCAGGCUGCACAGCAGGCCUUUGGCAGAGGACUCAAGCUCACCCCGCCCCAUCACUGUCUCGAGAGCCUUGUCCCCAUAGACACUCAGCCAGAGGAGGCUCUAGAAGGGGAAAGGGCACCCUGCUAGGCACCCUCCACCAAGCCCCACCUCCUCGCCCCAGCUCCUGGCCUUCCUUACCAGGUUCCAGGAAAGAAGACAGUCACUGGGAGGAGCCUCCAUCCCCAUGCCCCGCUCUGUGGCCUGCUGGAGGUCUAGGAGGCCUGCCUGGUGGGAGGGCAGCGGGAGCACCAGGUGUGGAGCAGCAGGUGUCUGCGGGCCGCAGGAAUAGCAGGAAUAAAGCCGGGUGAGGUGCUUGCUGCAGUGCUGAGUCAGGCCGGUGGUUUCACACAGACAGCGCCUUAGACGUCCCUGUCCUGAGGGGCCAUGGGGGUUAUCCCACUUUCUAGAGGAAACAGACUUUGGGGAGCAGCGCAGGGCUGAGGACUGGAGCUCUGAGGUUCCAGGGGCAGCGUGGCCCUUGCCAUCUCCCGCGGUGGCCGCUUGCUGUGGCCACG